AUGAAGAAUCUCGAUUUUGUUCCUAAAAUGAGAACUCUUAGGCAGAGGAUGACUGAACACAUGGUGUCUGUGAGUGAUGAAUCAAGUGAAGAUGAAGCACAAAUUAAGUGGGAAGAACAGCAAAUAAAGAAAGCCAUUAAACUCUCUCAGGAAGCUUAUGAUGAUGCUACCCUGCAUAAAUCUCAACGAGCUAAACCAAUGUUUGAUCCGUCUGUUUCUCUACCACCUGUGAACUUGGAAAUUGUGAAGAAGCGACUGACUGAAAGGAUAACAUCAUUACAGGAUGUGCACCGUGCCCACCAGAGAGAGUAUGAAAAAUACAUAGAGGACAUUGAAAGUUCAAAGAUGACUGUCCAGGAGUUAGAGAAGUCGUCGGAUGCACCUAUGAAUUACAAAUUCUACAGGGCCAUGAAAACAUAUGUAGAAAACUUGAUAAAUUGUUUGAAUGAAAAACUGAAAUACAUUAAUGAUCUAGAAUUGGCUGUACAUGUACUUCUUCAGCAACGAGCCAUGAGAGUACUGAAACGAAGGCAAGAUGAGCUGAAAAAUGAAUCUGCUUAUAUUCGGCAUCUGACAAGUGGGAAUGACAAACCAACUAAUGGUGGAUUGGAAGGUGAUGAGAAGACACAGCUUCUGGAAAUGUGUGAACAUCGAAGGACUUGCAGACGGCAAGUGAGAGAGUGUUCAGGAGAAGCUGAUCACCAUGAAGGCAUGUCGAGUGAUGAUGAGCUGGCUCCGGCAGAGGUGACCGAGUUCCAGAAGAGCAAAGAUAACGUUUUAGAGGAUAGUAGGAAAGUCUUUGAAGAUGUACAUGCAGAUUUUUGUGACAUCAGAAAAAUCCUGUUGAAAUUCCAGGAAUGGAAAGAGAAGUUUCCUGACUCUUACUGUGAUGCUUAUAUCAGCUUCUGCCUGCCUAAGCUAUUAAAUCCAUUGAUCAGAGUUCAGUUAAUAAAUUGGAAUCCUCUUGAGAAUUUUACAGAGUUGGAAGACAUGCCCUGGUUCAGAGCUGUGGAAGAAUUCAGUGAUGCCAAAAACGUAUCUGAAUCAAAAAGGGCUGAUGAUCCUGAUCAAGAAGUUUUGCCUAGAGUGAUUGAAAAAACUGUUCUUCCAAAAAUUACAGCAUUUGUAAAGAGUGUGUGGGAUCCUUUAUCUGCUUCUCAGACAAAGAACCUCGUACAGCUUUGCAGUAACAUCUUUGAAAAACAAGUCGUUUCCAAAAACAAAUGCAGUCAAGCAAAAGAGGAUUUGAUGAACAUGGUUGUCCUAAGAAUGAAGAAAUCUGUAGAGGAAGAUGUCUUUAUUCCUCUGUAUCCUAAGAGCACUGUGGAAGACAAAUCAUCACCGUGUUCGAAAUUUCAAGAAAGACGGUUUUGGUCAGCUAUUAAGCUGCUCUCCAAUGUUCUUCUUUGGGAUGGGAUUGUACAAGAAGAUACGGUCCGUGAUUUGGGACUGAGCAAGUUGCUGAAUCGUUACCUUCUUCUGAACCUCUUAAACACACCACCAGGGCCGGAUAAUAUAGAAAAGUGUAAUAAGGUGGUUGCGUGCCUCCCAGAAAGAUGGUUCCAAGAUCUUAAAAGUGGAUCAACUCUGCCUGAGUUACAGAAGUUCUGCCAGCACUUGCUGCAGUGUGCCCGUACGCUACACAAGAAUAGCCACAGUGAUGAAACAAAAGAAGUUCUUCUCCUGCUGGUGAAAGUCAAAGCUCUGCAUAUUGUUGAAGACUUCAUUGAAGAGUACAAACUUGAACACCUUAAAUCCAUGAUUGGGAAAUAG